AUGAAUGAUACUGGAAAAUCUGGCUCAGAACCACUAGAUAUGUUUGAUUUCGAUGCUGAGAUUGACUUCGAGACCGCGUACCAAAUGUUGAGCAAUUUGGAUGAAUCAUGGGUGCCUUUACAUGACACAGGUCCAAUUGCAUUGGGGAAGGACCCAAACCAACCACAUUUCACUAAUGAAUUUGAUGACUUUGAUAAAUUAUUCCCUCAGAACGCGUCUUACGACCAUAAGAAGGAAAAUGACAUUUUGAAUGGGACCGCUGGUAUGUAUGACCAUUCUAUAAGCAACCAUGACGUACUGCAUCACAACCAUAUACCGCAUCAAACACAUUCCAUAGAUAAGAGCCCGCUACUGAUACAUGACCAGUUUUCCAAAUACGACACGGAAAGUCCCGGUCUAUUAAGUACGUUUGAAUCCAAUGCUAUUGAAAAUUUCCUGGAUAAUCUUAUAACGAGAGAUAAUGUAACGCCACCACUGCCGUUAGUGCCCGAGUUGAGACACCCACCUUCUACUGAUAAUGAGGUGAGUAGUAGUGCUGAAUUUAUAUACAGGGAGACGUCUGAAGAAAAGGAACUCUCCCUGGAGGAGACUAACGAUGAAGAGUAUAGACCUGCUGAGUUGCGACUUCCUGAGAUUGUUGUUCCUGAUACGGAUAUUCCAGAAAGUAUUAAGGAUGAUGCUGUGAAGUUGAAGAGGUGGCGUCAUGUGGAAGUGGAAAAAGUCAGAAGGAACUUGACUAAGAAGGCAUAUGAAGAUUUAAUUGGAAUGAUACGGAAACCUAGGAAUGAAAAUGGGAAAAGAAUACCGAAAUAUGUUCUAUUGAAUCAUAUUGUGGAAGAUAUAAAAGGGAUAAAGAAGGCAAAUAGAAAAUUGGAAAACAUUUUAAAUGCAAUGAAUGGAUAA